AUGCGUUUCACCUCCAUCAUCGUCACUGGCGCUCUCGCCAUCCUGGCCUCUGCACAGUCCAGCACUCUUGCUACCUCGACCAGCACCGCCGUCUCCGCCGCCUCUUCCGAGCAGGCUGCCAUUGCCAAGUGCCUCGAGGGCUGCCCUGCCACUGACGUUGGCUGCCAGUCCAAGUGCAUUUCUGUCCCCAACCCCAACGAGAGCCAGGUCAAUAAGACCACUGCUUGUGUUGCUGCGUGCCCCCAGGGUGACGGUUCCCCCUCGGACACCCAGAAGUACGCCGACUGCUCCCAGAAGUGCAUCAGCGAGUACUACUUCAGCAGCGGCGGCACUCCUGCGGCCACUGCCGGCUCCGGCUCCGGCUCCAGCGGUAGCGCCACUGCUGCCACUGCUACCGGCGCUUCUGCCACUGGCUCUGCUACCCGCGCGUCCGGCUCCGCCAACGCCGCCUCCGGUACCGAUGCUGCCGCCAGCGGAACGUCUACUCCUAACGCCGCCCCCGUCCUCAUCGGCUCUGCCUCCUUCGGCGUUUUCGGUCUUAUUGGCGCCCUCCUUCUUUAA